CGCCAUUGCUGCUGUCAGAGAGGCGAAGCUCCGGUCAGUGUGUGUGAGAGAGGGAUAGAGGAGAACGGUGACUGAGGCCAUAGACUCAAGUCCGGUACCGAGCCCCGCCCCCGGGCUGCCCACUACCCAUUCUGCCCUGGGCAUAGGCUUCGGGCACCGUGCAACCAGGCAGCCUGCGGCCUCUUCUGUGACACGGUGCCCGGGAACUCUUAGAGCUUCUCUGUUGGGCCCUGGCAUCGGAACCUGGCAGCUUCCCUACCAUCUGAUUGGCACACACCGGACAUAGAAGGAUUCUGGCCUACCCUGGCACCCAACGCACCGGCCACCUGGGUAUUCACACAUUGUUACCCUCCCCCGGAGUUGCUUGCAUUGCAUUCCCUGACAAGCAGGGGGAGGCCGCGGCGCUUCCUUCCUCUCCCAUCCCGCGGGCCGCCUCCAGCAGCUCCCAUCCCCCACCCGGGUGACUCAUAUCCCCGCGCCGGAUUAGCAGGAUAGUCCGGGCUGCGGCCUGCUUUGCCGGGACAUGGUUAUCUGCACUCGGUUACCUUUCUGAUCUUCAGGAGGCCCCUGGUUUCCCGCGGAUUGCUAGGCUACUCGUUUAGGAGUAUCAUCCUGACUCACAGCUUCCUCCAGCUAGGAUCAGAUCCAGAGGUUUAGGUUUCAGACAUGCCCAGCUUUGGUAGCCAGACUCCCGGAGGAUCAUGACUGCGGCGGCGAACUGGGCGGCCAACGGGGCGAGCCUGGAGGACUGUCACUCUAACCUCUUCUCAUUGGCUGAGCUCACUGGCAUAAAAUGGCGCCGCUACAAUUUCCAUGGCCAUGGGGACUGCAGCCCAAUUAUCUCUGCUCCAGCCCAGGAUGACCCAAUCCUGUUGAGCUUCAUCCGAUGCCUACAAGCUAACUUGCUCUGCGUGUGGAGACGCGAGGUUAAACCAGAGCGAAAGGAACUUUGGGUCUUCUGGUGGGGGGAUGAGCCAAACCUUGGAGAUGUGAUACACCAUGAACUGCUGCUGAUUGAAGAAGGGCUUUGGGAAAAUGGUCUCUCUUACGAGUGUCGGACAUUGCUAUUCAAAGCCAUCCACAACCUUCUUGAAAGAUGCAUAGUAGACAGGGUUUUUAUUCAAAUCUGUUUGUGGUUUUGCAAGCCAUGUGAAAAAAGAGGGCGACCCCUAUCAAAGAGUGAGAACCUUUCCUGCUCCUUCACUUUUUUUCUUCAUGGGGAGAGCAAUGUAUGUACAAGUGUUGAGAUUGCUCAGCACCAGCCCGUGUAUCUCAUCAACCAGCAGCAUCUUCAACUAGCUCAGACCUCCCACACCCCUUGUCAAGUGAUUCUUAGUCCUUAUGGGCUAAGUGGCACGUUGACUGGCCAUGCUUACAAGAUCUCUGACCCCACCACUCGCAAGUUGCUGGAAGAAUGGCGUCCCUUCUACCCAACUGUGUUACGAGCAAGGAAGGAGCAGCGUGAGGAUAUGGAGUUGGCAUUUGAUGAGGAUUUCCCUGCGGCCGUAGAAGUUAUUGUGGGUGGUGUUCGAAUGGUGUAUCCCUCUGCAUUUGUUCUUAUUGCGCACAGUGACCUGCCACAUCCUGUCAGUGUGGGAAACACCGGGCACAACAGCAUAAAUGGGCAGCAGAACGUAAUUUCUCAAGACCCCAGCCCAUGCAGGAUGCCUCUUACUCCACCAACCUCACCUGAUCAAGCCACUCGAGCAGAUGUACGGGGAACUGCAGCAAACUUUUCUGGCCACUCUGUAGGGGAAGCAGCCCCGCAAACAAUGCAUAGCCCCAAACGGAGUGGGAGGCGCUGCCAAAGGCUCCGCGGCCAUCUGGUACAGAGAGGAUGGAGGGAGUGCAUCGUAAAUAGAAGCCAGCCAAAGGUUACUGCACUUAACCAGCAAGAGGAGGAGGUACCAACCACCAAGGCACCGUGGGAUUUUGUAGAUUCCACCCAACGAAUAAGCUGUUUUUGUUCAAGGCACAAACUCUCCAAACAACGUCCUGCAACCAGUGCCAGUCGCCCUCCAUCAGUUUCCCAGCCGGUUGUUGGUGGGACACCCUCAUCUGGGAAUACUAACCUUCCUCCAUCUGCCUCUUCUAAGCACAAACCAAGUGAUCGGCAGGAUAAAUCUGAGAAGCUGCAGAAAAAGAUUACCACUCCAUUUCACCACCGCCCCUCACCCACAGACAGUGAGCAGUGUUUGUCGCAGGACUCUGCUGUUCAGCAAAGGCAAAGUGCAGAGCCUAUAACUGGAACACCACCAAGCCGGCAGUUCCCAACCCUACCAUCUACUGGAGAUAUGGACCAGUUGUUACCAGUACACCCCACUGACUCCCCUCACUCACCUGCUUCCCCAAUGCCACCCACUCUUAGUCCUCAGCCACCCCCUCAGGAUGUGGAGAUCCCUGAUCCAGAGACAGCAGCAUGUAGCUCUUCUUUGUACCCUAAUGGGCUAGAGAUGCAACCACUUGAUGACAGGACGAUAAUGUUGCCUGGUCUAAACUUGCCCAUGAUGGCUGAAUUGAGUGAAACUAGCUUAUACUGUGCGGGGCUUCCCCAGAACCGGCAAACUGGAGACAGCUGGCAGGGAUACAGGCUUCCAGUUAUAGGCAAUAAUGAUUUCCGGCCACCCGAGUUCCAAGGGGAGUGGUAUGAAGGCAAGCAGGAACUGGGAGCUGAAAGCACUGCUCUGAAGAGACUACUAGCUCACCCGAACAAACGUUUCAAAGUAUUGGAUGAAAAGCGGCAGGUUCCGCCUGACCACCUUAAUUACUUGGACCAGCUUCCCAUGCUCCCGUGCGAAGGCUUUGGGGAUUCCACAGAUCCUUACACCUUUGAAGAUGGUGAUAUAAAGUACAUAUUUGCUACAAACAAAAAAUGCAGGAUGGGAGCAGAGAGAGACCCCUCACGAAAAAUGAAGGUUGAUGAAGGGUUUGAAAAAGAUGUUUCAACAGCAGAACACACUGUACCAGUGCCUGAGGGGAAAGAUGCAAUGUCCAUUUUUAGCCCCUCGUCAAAAUCAGACCCGCGGCAGGACCGGGGGGUUGCCGCCAGCCUCACACAAGUCACAGAUCUGGCUCCCUCUAUCAAUGACCUGGAUAACCUUUUUGAUAACUCAGAGGAUGAAGACCUGGUUGGUUCACCAGGAACUAAAGCAAUGAAGGUACCUACAGGAGGGGUUGACGAUCGAGGCCUGGGGAAAGAUGGAAGAACAGCUGUUCCCACAGCUGCUGACUUACAAAGGAUGUUUCCCACUCCUCCUUCGCUGGAGCAGCAUCCUGCUUUCUCCCCCAUCAUGAUGUAUAAAGAUGGUGUAGGCUCAGAAACAGCAGCAGCUCUUGGUAUGAUGGAGAGUCCAAUGGUCAGUCUUGCCUCCAUGCAACAUUUGGAUUUUAAGAUGGAAGUGGAGGAAGGGCUGUGCAGCCCAAAGCCCGAGGAGAUCAAGGAUUUUUCAUAUGUACACAAUGUUCCCACUUGUAAGCCCAUUGUUGGUUCCUCCAUGUUUGCUCCUUUAAAGUCUUUGCCCAGUCAGUGCCUACUGUCCUUGAAGAUACCAGAUGCCUGUGUGUACCGGCCAUCCUGGGCAGCUCCGCCAAAGAUACAGCACCUGCCCCUUGCUGCUACUUUCAGCAGGGAUGGCUACAUGAACGUGCCGAGUGUAGGAAGUCUGACAGAUCCAGAUUACUUACAGUUGAACACUCCUCAGACUAACACACCGCUUGCUCCAUGCAGCACUACUCCAGCCAGUAAUAGUGGUGCUGGGGGGGUCCUUCCUUCCCCAGCGACUCCUCGAUUUUCUGUUCCUACACCCCGCACGCCAAGGACUCCAAGGACUCCGCGUGGUGGUGGGGGAACCAGCGGCCAAGGCUCUACUAAGUAUGACAGCACUGAUCUUUGCUCGCCAGCCUCCACACCAUCAACCACGCGACCACUGAGCUCUGUGGAGCCACCAAGCAGUCACCCAGCACCAGAGGCUCACAGCCUGUAUGUUACCUUACUUCUCUCUGACUCUGUUCUUAAUAUUUUCAAAGACAGAAACUUUGACAGUUGCUGCAUCUGUGCCUGUAAUCUAAAUAUCAAAGGAUCAGAUGUAGGAAUUUACAUCCCAGAUACAUCAAAUGAAGACCAGUACCGCUGCACUUGUGGGUUUAGCGCAAUUGUCAAUCGUCGUCUUGGCUAUAACUCUGGCCUGUUCAUAGAGGAUGAAAUGGACAUCUUUGGAAGGUCAUCAGAGGUGGGACAGGCAGUGGAGAGAAGACUUAAUUUAAAAGAGGCUGCUCGUUUGGGCCAGGAACCUACUCCAUCUGGCUUGCUGCUGUUCCUUCAGAGUCAAUGCACCCGGCCUUUUAUUAACAGUGUUAGCACUUGGGGUCUUUCAAGUGACCAGGGAGAGUAUUUUAUUGAGGGGCCCAGCUGGAGAUAUGACAAGGUCCGAGCAGAGAGCUCGGAUGCCUGGCCAGAAUGUUUGAAUGCACUGGAACAGGGGAGGCAGUAUGUGGACAAUCCCACAGGAGGAAGAGUGGAUGAGGGUCUGGUCAGGAGUGCUACCUUUCAUCUUUGGCCCCACAGUAACGUGCUGGAUGUAAGCAUGCUGCCAUCGCAAGAUGUGGUGCGCAUGCUUCUCUCCUUGCAGCCCUUUCUACAGGAUGCUAUCCAGAAGAAGAGAACAGGACGGACCUGGGAAAACAUACAGCAUGUACAGGGCCCCCUGACAUGGCAACAGUUUCACAAAAUGGCUGGACGUGGAUCUUACGGUUCCGAAGAGUCUCCAGAACCUCUGCCUAUUCCCAACCUCAUGGUGGGUUAUGAUAAGGACUUUCUGACCAUUGCCCCUUUUGCUUUGCCCUUCUGGGAACGCCUGCUGCUUGAACCCUAUGGUGGACAGAGAGAUGUGGGAUAUCUGGUGCUGUGUCCUGAAAAUCCAGCAUUACUGGAUGGAGCAAAAGCAUUCUUCCGGGACCUAAGUGCAGUAUAUGAGAUGUGUCGUCUCGGCCAACACAGACCCAUUUGUAAAGUGUUAUCUGAUGGGAUUAUGAAGAUCAGCCCAUCUGGAGCAGAGAUGUCUUCUGAGGAGUCUCCCAUGGAGGAGAUGGAUAAUCAGGCACGAUUAAGGCUCUACUCUCAAACUUGCCGUCAGCAUCUUGCUCCUUACCUGUCUACUCAGCUGGACACAGCUUGUUGUUACCAACCCAAAGGCCAAGCACCCCUAUUGUACAAGGCAUUCCCCAGCCCUUCCUGUGCACACAACCUUCCCUUCAACUCUACUCCCAAUGGAACAGGUACUACUCCUUUGCUACCAUCAUCUCUAUCAGUGCCUGUUGGGAAUAACUCUGCUGCCUACACCUUCGGGAUUCAGAGCAGUUGCCAGACACAGAAUCCUCCCACCCUAGUGAUCGAUCUGUAGGGGAAUCAGCCUGUCGUUUGAAGGGAGCCCAAUCAGCAAUCUACACAGCAGGAUGUUCCUGAGAAUACCACAGAGCGUGACAGAAUUGGCAUCCCUACAGAGGCAGAGUCAGCUGGAGGGCUCACUUCAUUCCCUACUGUAGUUAUAUACAUGGUGGACCCGUUCACAUACACAGAGGAUACAGAAACACAUACUGGGAACUAUUGGUUGCUGGGCCUCAUUCGAUGCUUCACAGACAUGUUGGAGAGCUUACCAGAGCAAAUGCGCAAUGCCUGCAUUUUGCAGGUGGUGCCUUGCCGAUAUCUUCUGCAUACAGUAAAUGAUGAGCAGAUCUCCUAUAUCCAGCACUUGAAAUCUCUAGCAUUUUCUAUUUACUGCCAGUGCCGACGGCCAGUAGCCUCACAGAUACCGAUUAAGCCACUGACUGGAUUUGGACCAUUGGCUGCUCUAAAUACAAUACUCAGGAACCCAGAGCAACCUUUCCCUGGACAGCUGUAUUCUCCACCCUUCCUACUUGCUCCCAUUAAGGACAAGCAGACAGAGCUUGGGGAGUCUGGUGAGGCCGGACAGAAGUAUAAUGUUCUGUUUGUUGGGUACUGCCUGUCUCAUGACCAGCGCUGGCUGCUGGCUUCCUGCACUGAUCUCCAGGGAGAGCUGCUGGAGACCUGUAUGGUGAAUAUUCAUGUGCCAAACAGGUUUCGUCGCAGCAAAGUAUCUGCACGGAAAAUUGGUCUCCAGAAACUAUGGGAGUGGUGUGUGAGUAUCGUGCAAAUGACAUCAAUGCCUUGGAGAGUAGUGAUUGGGCGACUUGGACGACUGGGUCACGGAGAGUUGAAAGAUUGGAGUAUUCUUCUUGGAGAGUGCUCUCUACAGACAAUCAGUCGUCAGCUAAAAGAGACGUGCAGAAUGUGUGGAAUAUCUUCUGCUGACUCGCCAUCUAUAAUUAGUGCCUGCCUCGUAGCUAUGGAGCCGCAGGGAUCAUUCAUUGUAAUGCCUGAUGCAGUAACCAUGGGCUCAGUGUUUGGUCGCAGCACAGCUUUGAAUCUCCAGACCUCUCAGCUCAGCACGCCCCAGGAUGCCUCCUGCACACACAUCUUGGUGUUCCCCACUUCCGCCACCAUCCAAGUUGCUCCUGCCAAUUACCCCAAUGAGGAUGGUUUUAGUCCCACCAAUGAAUAUAUGUUAGACCUGCCCUUUCCAGACGAUAUGGACAACGACAUAGGAAUAUUAAUCACAGGGAACCUUCAUUCACCUCAAAAUUCCUCACCAGGCUCUCCCACUGGCAUUGGCGUUGGAUCUCACUUUCAGCACAGCCGAAGUCAGGGUGAAAGGCUGCUUUCCCGGGAGGCACCAGAAGAACUAAAGCAACAGCCUCUGGCACUGGGAUAUUAUGUGUCCACAGCCAAAGCUGAAAACUUGCCUGAGUGGUUCUGGUCCUUCUGUCCCCAAGCAAAAAGCCAGUGUCCCCUCUUUUUGAAGGCUUCUCUGCACCACCACAUCUCUGUAUCUCACAGUGAUGACCUUGCUCCAGCUCGCACUUCCCAGCGUGUCCAUCAUCCCCUGGACUCCAAGACUACAUCUGAUGUACUAAGGUUUGUUCUGGAGCAGUACAAUGCACUCUCGUGGUUGACUUGUAGCCCGGCCACUCAGGACCGCACUUCCUGCCUGCCAAUUCACUUUGCUGUGCUCUCACAGAUGUACAACCUGGUGAUGGACAUUCUCUGAAUAGAUUCAAUCAGCUCUCUUCAUGGUCAUCGGACCUACAGCCAGCAGUCUGAACAUCCAACAAGUGAUCAACAGGUUCGUCGACUCCUGCAUCAGGACAUCUCACAUCUUUAACUGUGAAGUGCUAACUUGAUCACAAGAGUAAAUAUCGUGCACAAAAUAGUUUUCUGUGCAACACAACAGAAAAAGAUGUACACUAAGAAGCAACAGAAUCAGCCGCAUCACUUUAAACUUAAAAGGGAUAGUGAGUGGAACCUGUGGAGAUACAAGAGGAAAUCAUGUUCAGUUAUGAAGUGAGACUGAGGCUUGAGUUGGCCAGUGUCACAGCUGCAUUCAUAAGGAGGAGUACAGAAGUUGUCAAGGAAGCCAUGUCGUUAACUACAAAACUACAGCAGCAGAGCUUGGAAAGAACUUGCUUGCUGAGAGACCAGACCAAACAGUAUAUGCAGCCUAUGCAAUCUUGAAUCUGUAGAAGGUGCAGCACUAAAACGGAGAAAUAAGUGUGUUUUGACAAAGCUGGGCAAAUCUCACACAUAAUUGUUCAUGCAGAACCUACUGCACAUGCUACAAACAUAUCAGGUCAAAUAUAAUCCAUUUUGCAACCUGUAAUAUCAUCUGUCGCUUGAUUUCUUCCAUUGCUGCCAGAGGGCCCCACAUAAUAAACCGCAGUCAUGUAUCCACAGUUUUAGCUAAAACUAAAUCUAAUGUGUAUUCUCUUGUGCUUGAUGUGGUGACACUGUACCCUGCUUUCUUAGCUUUAGGUGAGGUAUAAAAUGCUCUAUUGUGCUAAAAUCCUUAUUUUAAAGAGCUGGUCACUAAUAAAAAAAAAAAGUUAGUCUAGGGAGCAGUUACUAAUUGCAGAAUAUGGCUGUGGAUCGAUGUAGACUAUUAUCACAAAUUUACGCUAGAGAUAAGACAUAGCAAAUUAGUUCCUAUUAAUGAAUUUAACUGUGUACUAAGAUUUACUAAUUUUGGUCCAAAUACAUAAUUACUUAAUGAGACACAUGGUGAUGCUCUUUCAGCGUGUGAUGCCUCAUGUUUGCACAGUGGUGCUUACGGCCACAAACACUAUUGGAGGGCUGGAUGUUGACCUUGAGACAUAGUUGGGCAUCCCUUUUAUAGAGCAUUUUAUUACUGUGUUACAGCAAUCACUGCAAAGGGUUUAUACAGUUAUAGUAAAGAGUGGCAAUGCAGUUUUGCUCCAGAAAUGAGCGUGGCCAGUGGUUGUCGGUAUUACAGCAUAUUAUAAUUUCUACUUUAUGUCCCUUUUAAAGUGAGAAGUCAGUACUCCAAAAUGGUCUACUGGAAUGAACCAGAUAAGAGGCCUCUAGUAGAAACAAUGUAUUAGCUAGGUUAUGGCUUUAGUAUGUAGGUGGAGAAUAAGUAAAUUAUACUUUAUAAAAAUGUCUCUAAAGACUAAUACAAAGUAACUAGUCUUUAAACAUUACAUUAUCAUUAGAUAAUUCCCCCCUGGCAGCCAUAGAAGAUGAAUCACUUCAGCAAUGUCUUUUGAUCUUGGUGUUAUGCAGAUGACUUAAAAACCACUAGUCAUAUGUUUGUAAUUCCAUCUUUUUGCCCAUGCCUGCCUGUUUUAGGGGCUAGUAAAAAAUGCAAUUUAAAAUAUCGAACACACGGCUCAAAUUUAGUGUGCAAGCAUCUACAACAUACUUUUUUUUUUUUUAUUAUUAUUAUUAUUUUUUUUUAAUUGUUCUUCCCCAUUGGAGUCAUUUGCCAUGUAAAGGAGGGAUUGCACAGGGACUGUUAUCCUUGUGAGUUUUGGUCAGUUUUAAAAGACAAGCAAUACAAAUGGUUUAUUUAAAAGAAAAAAUCAUCAGACACAACACUGAACUGGGUUGUCAAUGACACAACAAAACUGGACACUGACCCCAGUUUUUUCUGGAUGUUUCAACACUUUAACUUUCAGAUUUUUCAAAUUUUACUUCAACUGUCCCACAAAUUACGGGAGAAAAAAAGAAGCCAAUGUCUGAUAUAUGACAAAGAUUAAAGAAUAAUGUAUUUGUACAUAAAAAUAUAUAUCAAUCUUUUUUUAAAAAAAUAAUGUAAAAGUUGUACAUUUUUUCGAUGAACCUAAAUUUUUCUUUCCUUUUUUUAAAAUAAGCAUUUACCGGCUGUGUUUUUUCAUUUUAUAUAUAAAAUAUAUAUAAAUAUAUAAAUAUAUGUAAACACAUUUACAGAUAUCUAUAAAUAGUCAUAAAUUUUGAAAGAUGGGAAAAUAAUCCUCUGCAGAAAAGGAAGGAAAAAAGUAAACAAAUCUUUUUGGAGUUACAUAAAUUUUAAUCCCACAUCUGGUACCUCACACACAAAAGAAGACUUUGAUAAAAAAAAUAAAAAAAUAAAAUAUGAAGUUAAAGAAACUAGUUCUUCGAUAAAAAUGUAUACCUUGUGAACAAAAAAGGUCUAUACUUUUACACACUUUUUUAGAUGAAUAAAUUAUUGAUUUAUUGAUACCAGA